AUGAACGAAGAUGACACAGAAAACUGUGCUAACACGAUCCCAUUAAAGUUUGAAAAUUUCGAUCUUUUUCGAGCUCCAUUUCAUUGGAUAUUUAUUGGGAAAAAUAUUAUAGACGAUAUACAAUGCAAAUACCAUAAUAAAAUUCAUUUGUUACCGGAUAAUGAUAUAAUUCUUGUAGAACCAAGUAACAGUACUUGGAGACUAAAACAAUCAUAUAAAGUUCAUAAAAGUGUUAGUGAUGUUAUUAUUGAAGAUUACGGUACAUGGGAUAAAAAGCAUGGUUUUAUCGAUAACAGAGCAACGAAUAUUGCAUCGAGACGACGAAGAAAUUUAAGAGGAGUUUCAUUACAAACAACUACUAUAGUUUUACAUAAAUUUUCUUUAAGUCAUUUAACAGACCAUAAAGAUACUCACAUAGAUACAGUACCUAGACUGAACAGUUUACUAGUCGAUUUGCUCUUAUAUAGUUUAAAUUCUAAGCGAGAAACAUAUUUGGUGUUCAAUUUAUCUAAUAAUAAUUGGGGCUACCGUUUACCAAAUAGUUCUCAAUUUACUGGUAUGAUUGGACAACUUCAACGAAAAGAAAUCGACAUAUCAGGAUGUGCAAUUUUUAUAACCAAAGAACGAUUAUCCGCCAUUAAAUUUCUUCAUGCUACAACACCAGCUCGAGCGUUAUUUGUAUUUCGACAGCCCCCGCUUUCAUAUAUAUCAAAUGUUUACACCUUACCAUUUUCGGGAACAGUUUGGAUUGCACAAAUUUUAUUGACAGCUUUAAUGGGAGUAAUUUUAUAUUUGAAUUUAGCGUGGGAAAAAAUUACUCGUGGCAAAAAUGAUCCAGAUUAUCAGACGAUUGAGACGAGUGAAACUAUAUUAAUCGUUAUUGGUGCAAUUUGCCAACAAGGUUCUCCAAUAGAUCCAAAAGGUGGACCCGGAAGAACUGUAAUGUUUAUUUUAUUCAUGGCAUUAAUGUUUCUUUUUACAUCAUUCUCAGCGAAUAUUGUUGCGCUGUUGCAAUCAUCUAGCAACAGUAUUCAAACAUUGGAAGAUUUAUUGAAUUCAAAAUUAGAAUUUGGAGUACAAAAUGAAACUUACAACCGUCAUUAUUUUAGGGUCGCAUCUGAUCCAAUACGAAAAGGAAUCUAUGAAAAGAAAGUGGCUCCGCCGGGAAAAAAAGAAAAUUUUAUGACCAUUGACGAAGGUAUGAGACGUUUACGUACUGAACCAUUUGCUUUUCAUAUUGAAGUUGGUGCUUUGUACUCAAUGAUCGCAAAACAAUUUACGGAAAAUGAAAAAUGUGGUCUAAUGGAAAUUGAAUAUUUACAAGUAGUAGAUCCGUUUCUUGUCACUCAAAGAAAUUCACCAUAUUUAGAAUUGUUUAAAAAUGGAAUGUUGCACAUACAUGAACGUGGACUACUCAGGCGAGAAUUUAAUAUAUUUAUCCCGGAAAAACCAAAAUGUUUGGGAACUGGUAACACCUUUUCUAGUAUUGGAUUAAAUGAAAUUGUGGCUGCUUUUUAUAUCAUUCUUAUUGGAAUGAGUUUGGCUUUAAUAAUUGCUGGAAUUGAAUAUUUUUCAGUAAGAACGAAUAAUAAUCGUACUUUUGUUGUGGACACAAGUUUAAACAGUCGACGAAUUAUGUAGAAGCAUACCAGACAUUGUAACGUUGGUUUUAAUAGUAUAAAGCGCGAUGCCUUUUUAGAUCUAUCUAAAGCUUGAUUCCGCCCCGUCACAAUAGUCGCCGAGUACAUUCAAUCUAUUUAAUAGUAGCUAAGUCGAGCCUAAAGCCUUUUUUUCUGGUUCUGUAAUAUUAACGAGAAAUUGAGUACCCGUAUGUGUUCGUUACUAAAAUAUUGUUAUUUACUCGUUAUAUCGUUACGUUACUCGUUACUUUUGAAUCAUAUUACCUAAUAAAAUUUCAAUUGGUAAGAUUUUAUUUCAGUUACAGUUCA